UCUAGUUGUGGUUUAUGCCCAGGACGCCCAAGCGGCUCUAAAAUUCCCAAACAACAAUCAAGGCAUCGCCAUAAGACCGAACAGCUUUCUGCUUAGAGGUUCCUCCUCAGUUUUUCAACUGAACUUGGUCUCUCUGCACUGCAACAGACCCGAGCUUGAGGAUCCUCUAUCAAUGGUUCGACCAACAGAAACUCUUCAUCACCUCAUUGCAUCCGCACCAGCACCCUUUAAACCAAAACCCCGUUUCUUGUCCUCAAAUCAAUCCCUCUACAGGAAGCAAAUUUCCCUCUCCACUCUCCUUCAGAGGUACGGUUUCCCUCCCUCUCAGCUACAAACUUUCCUUUCUCGAAAUCAUUUUCUUUUGAAUUCCAAUUUACAUGAUACGGAGAAAUCCCUUGGUAUGCUCACAUCAUCCUUCAAGAUUCCACAUAAAUCCGUUGUUUCUUUGAUCAUUGACUGUCCCGGGGUGUUGGACUUUGAUUUCUUGAAGAGAUGGGAAUUUGGUUUGUCAAAAUUUGCAGAUUUGGGUGUUCCUCCAUUGCUCAUCAAAACUGUUUUGGAGCAUUCUAAGAAAUUCCAGAUUGACCCAGAUAGGUUUAAUGAGACUUUGAAGGUUUUGAAGGGUUUAGGGUUUAGUGAAAGUACUACGAGGAGGGUUUUAGAGGGUUUUCCUGGAGUGAUUGCUUUGAAGGAAUGCGAAAUACAUAGGAGAAUUCAAUUCUUGAUGGCAAUUGGAAUUCCUAGAGAUGGAGUUGACCGCGUUUUCAAUUCAUUUCCUGAGGUUUUAGGGUUUGGAAUUGAAAAUAGGCUAAUGCCAUUGCUCAAUGAGUUUAAGGAUUUGGGUUUUAGUGAAGAGUUGGUUAGGAAAGAGAUUAUUAGAGAGCCUCGGAUUCUCGGUAUGGAAGUAGGUGAACUCUCGAGGUGUUUGGACUUGAUUAGGUCUUUGAAAUGUCGAGAACCGAUCAAAUUGAAGAUUUUUAGUAAGGGAGCAUUUAGAGCUGGGUUUGAAGUGAAACUUAGAGUCGACUGCUUAUGCAAACAUCGGUUGAUUCGCAGAGAAGCUUUUAAGAUAUUGUGGAAAGAGCCAAGGGUAAUUUUAUAUGAAAUAGAUGACAUUGAGAAGAAGAUUGAUUUUAUAGUGAAAACAGUGGGAUUGAAUGUCGGUUGUUUGGUUGAUGUUCCAGAGUAUCUGGGUGUGAGUUUUGAGAAGCAGGUUGUUCCUCGAUAUAAGGUAAUAGAGUAUUUGCGUGCAAAAGGUGGACUUGGUAAUGAGGUAGGAUUGAAGGCCAUGAUCAAGCUAAGUAGGCUUAGAUUCUAUAAUCUUUAUGUUAAGCCAUAUCCAGAAUGUGAAAAAAUGUUUGGAAGGUUUUCAGGUGAUGUUCAAGUUAAAAACCAACAUCCGGCUGGAUUAUGGAAGCUUUUGAAACCCCAACAAAGGGAUCCUGACUCGAAAGAAGAUGUGAAGAACAUGAAGUCUUUCAUGGAAGGACUUGUUUAGCAGAGAAGGAAGAUUUGCUAUUUGCAGCAUAGGGUGCAGUUGAGUGGACUUGUUCUUGUAAUUUUAGGCAAUGGAAAAUUUGUUCAAUUGUAUUUGGCCUGUUGUUCUCUUGAUGCAUGAUGGGGGGAUUUUGUUAGAAAAUAUGGUUCUCAAAAUCAUCGGAUUGGCACUCGAUACCGAAUUUUCAGAAUGCCUGGACAGCACACAAGGAAUUCCAGUUCAUUAGUGGAAAUAUUUAGUCAAGAGAGACUCGUGCAUAUAUAAAAUUUUAUGUGUGGACUGGCUAGCAUGUGCAUGUACUUUGGGCUGGAGGUUUGUUUCAUUAAUUAUGGAUUAUGGCUAAGCAAUUCAGCAAAAUAUUUGGUUGACAAUUCACAGCUCUCAACCAUCAUGCACUGGAACUUCUUACUCAGGACUGGAUUAUUAAAAUGUGACGCGAACAGGGCAGGCAAUGACCGCCAUGAUAUGUGAAGUACAGCUACAAGCAAGGUAAAUUUUGAGAAAUGGGAUUAUUUUGUUUAAUACUGUUUGAAAAUGUCAGAUUCCCAGGCAAGCCUUCACAGAAACUUGCCCCUUUUUUUUAUCCAUCCAACCUCAUGCAGGUUCGAGUAUCCUAACCUCUACUUUUGUCUGAAACAUCUGCCGAUUUGCCUGGCUUGGAGACAGUAGGUCAAUACCUUAACUGAGUGUGUAAAUGACUCGCUAAUGUCUUGUAUUAACUGUCACGAUUGUGAGUACCUUGAUACACUACUGAUCCAUCUAUCUGUUUGUUUGUCUUUUCUCUCUUUUUUCUGGGUGUCGAAUAAUAUUUUGUAUUUGUUCAGUUUCAGCAAGGGUUAUGAUGUUGUACAAAUUAAACUGCUUAUAUUUCAAAAACUAUUUGUCGCCAA